AUGGCUGCGACAGUAUUGAGAAACGCAUUUGAAGCUGUAAGCGACGCGUUGUUGAUCGCGAUGGUGCUAAAAGGACUACCAAGUAACUUUAAGACGUUCUCGGCGACUGUUGUCCAACGCGACAAGCAAAUGACGUUUGUGGAGUUUAAGGUCGCAUUGCGUAGCAACGAAGAGAGCGAGAAAAGUAGAAACAGUAGCAGCGAGACGGGAGAAAAUAUUAUGGUAACGAAGUACGGCGAGAAAUUUGACGGAGCUUGUUGUAAGUGUGGAAGAAAGGGGCACAAAAAGUCUGAAUGUUGGUCGAAGUCGGGAAAGAACGGAAACGGAAAGUGGUGCAGUCGCUGUAGAAACAAAACGCAUGAUACGAAGCAAUGCCGAUCAAAUAUGGGGAGAUUCAGCGAAGAAAGCCGAAGAUCAAGGAAGAACGAAGAUUGAGAACAAUGGACACAUGUUUACAUUUAAAGUUAGUGACUGUGGUACAAGUUUUAGUAACAAUUUUUUAGUAGAUACUGGCGCUACUAGCCAUAUUGUAAAUGAUAUAUCUAAGUUCAUAUGUUUUGAUGAAGAUUUCGACGCAAAUGCGCACAUUAUAGAGCUCGCAGAUGGCAGUAAGUGA